AUGGUAGUUGGGAUUUGGUACUUGAUACAUGGUAGUCGAGACUCAGGAGUUGGUACUCGAUCCAAGGGAGUCGGUAUUCAAUACAAGGGUGUCGAGACUCAAUACACGGGAGUCAGUACUCGAUCCAAGGGAGUCGGUAAUCCGGUACCCAAUACAAGGGAGUCGAGACUCAGUACAAGGGAGUUGGUCCUCAGUACAAGGGAGUCGGUACUUGAUCCAAGGGAGUUGGUACUCGGUACAAGGGAGUCGGUAAUCUGGUACACGAUACAAGGGAGUCAGUACUUGAUCCCAGGGAGUCGGUACUGGAUCCCCGGGAGUCGGUACUCAAUACAAGGAGUUGGUACUCGAUCCAAGGGAGUCAGUACUCCAGUACCUGAUACAAGGGAGUUGAGACUCAAUGCAUGGGAGUCAGUACUUGAUCCAAGGGAGUCAGUAAUCCGGUACCCGAUACAAGGGAGUCGGUACUUGAUCCCAGGGAGUCGGUACUGGAUCCCCGGGAGUUGGUACUCAAUACAAGGCGGAUCUGAAGAGCUUGGCUUCAGCUCGUGCGCUGCGCCCCUUACCCGAGCUAGAAACAAAGUCCGAGGGAGGAUGAUGAAUCCCGGUGGACUUCAAGGGGACAAGUCUGGUAGGCUUUCCCAAGGAAGAGUCAGGCCGAUGUUCAGGGGGGGCUUUAGUCCGGCGGACGUGGGGGACAGAAUAGACAGGUGUAAGGACAGAAAGACAGGAAGUCCGAGGGGACAGAAGGACAGUAUGUCCGAGAGGACAGGAAGUCCGAAAAGGUGGAAGCUAGAGAAACUAACAGAGGUAGACUACCCGAAGGUAGAGGCGGAGUAUAGCCCGAGGAAUCAAUCCCAGGACACAGAGGUUGGACAGGGAAGUGGCCCUGGGUCCAUGGAAAUGGAUCCGGGUCCGAGGAAACAGGAAUGA